GUCGCGGCGCCUGUUGUACGUCAUCCGCGGCGCCUACCCGGAAAUUAAAACCUAUGGUAAAGAAGUCGGACACGUGGUUUUCAUCAUGGUUGCUCCUUCCGGGAAGGUUAACCGGCCGCGGACGGAGCUGCGGAAAAAACUCUUCAAACGGCGCCGGGUGCUGAGCAAGGAGAAGAGAAAGAAACACCGGAUUGUGGGAGCAGUGGUGGAUGAAGGCCUGAUCACCGUUCAUCACCUGAAAAAGCGAUCAUCUAGUUCACGGGCAAACAUUACUCUCUCGGGAAAGAAGAAAAGAAAACUGCUAAAACAACUGCGUCACGCCACUAAGGAAAAAGCAGAAAUGCAGGUUGAUGUUUCUCCUGCUCGGGGUGGAAAAAGGAAGAAGAAAAAGGAGGCAACUCCAAAAGACUGUCCAGAUGUUGAGAUGGUGGCAGCUGACAUGGCACCAGGAUUGGAAAGUUGAACCUGGCUUCUGAAAUCUUGAAAACCGUUUCUCUUUUCCAGCCUACCAGUGACAGCAUUCCUAGUCGGGGUAGGGCUGGGGGUGGGGUGGAAGAGGAAAAAUCAGAUUACCAAAAACUAGAAAAAUCAGCUUUUGAACCUGUUUAGCUCCAUAAAAUUUGUUUGCUUUUAACAAGGAAUUUAAACCUAUCAGACCACGGUUUGAAAGGGUGUGUCUGAUCCUUUUUUCUUUUGACAAGCAGCUCCCAAUUCCUGAAUUUGAGGAGUUACAAAAUCAUUUAAAGUUUAGCUGGUCUGAAGUUGUACCUCAAAAGGGGUGCUUGAUAAGAUAGAAGUUUUACAUGUGUAAGCUGUGGAGUCAUUUAAGAAUGUCAGUGGCCAUGCCAGAUUACGGCACAAAUACUUGGAACCGUUCAUGUGUACAGUUAAUCUUCAUAUAUGUGAGACGCCAACUUUUUUCAGCGGUGGCAACCAGUUUCCAUUGAAAGAGAAGUGCGCAGGCAGAGAUGUCUGUUUUAACGUGUUCAAAUUUUCUGUAUUCUUAUCCAUAUAAUAAACUGACAAAAAAAAACAAA